AUGUCAAUCAUCCGCACUCAGUUCUUCACUAUCCCUACCAUCGACUCAAUCAACGUACCUGUCCUCUUCACUGUCGUUGUUACAUCCCCGAGUAAGAUGGCCUUCUUCGACACCAUCGCAGACCUGUUUGCAAACCAGACAACUCCGCCGUCGGCCCCGAAGCAUUUCUUGGCAUCUUUGGGCAUUCCUUCUGUCUCCAUCGCCGUCCUAGACAAAGGUGAUAUCGAGGCGAGAUGUUUUUCUACUGUUGGCAAUGACGAGGAAACUCGUUUUCAGGCGGCGAGCAUCUCGAAGCCCACGGCCGCCACUGCAGUCAUGAGGCUUGUCAGUCAGGGGAAGCUUUCACUGGACGACAAAUUGCUACACCACCUUCCGGAAGAGCUCUUUAAGAACCUCGGGCCGCCCGCGAUCCUCAAACAAAUAACUCUCCGCCAUCUUCUCACCCACACGGCCGGGUUCCGGACUUCGGCCUAUACGGGUUAUGCGAACAACAUGCCUUCGGCCCUAGACACGUUGCUCGACAGGAAUGGUGGACAUAACAUUGCCGAAGGGCUGACCCUGCUGCCGGGGAUGAAGCACGCAUACUGCGGGGGCAACUUCGCCAUGCUUCAGCUUAUACUGGAGAAGAUGUUUGACAAGCCCUUCCAGGACCUUGUGAGAGAGCUUGUCUUUGAGCCCCUCGGAAUGUCUCACUCAAGCUAUGACAUGCCUGAGCAUGACGACAAGGGGAACUAUGCGCGUUCUUGGUGGACUGGCAAUGAGCCGCAUGAUACCCCAUGGCAUCACCAUCCCGAGUUCGCAUCAGGUGGAGUCUGGACGACGCCAACGGAUCUGUUGAAGCUUAUCAGAGGCAUCCAGCAAUCCUUGAGGGCAGACAUCCCCGAGAACGACACAUUUCUCCCACAGGAUAUUGCUAAGGAGAUGUUGACCCAGGUACAACAGGGCAUUGCCAUCUCAUGGUUCGUGUCGAGGCACAAGAGCAACGUCUUUGGCCACUUUGGUGGCAACUCGCCCUGCUUCAGAUGCUACGUGGUUGGCUUUGCCAACACAACUGGAGACGUCGAUGAGAAAGACUUGGAAGCAGAUUGCGGUAUUGCUGUUAUGACCAACGGAUGGGAAGGAACUGAUGUUUGCUGCCGCGUGGUUCACGCAGUAUCAUAUGCCAAAGUAUGGCCUUACAUGGGCACGUUGGAGCAUCUUCAGGAAGUAUCCAUUCCUUUCAGAGACAUCAACAAAAAGAUUGAUACAAGAUGGGAGGAUUGGAUUGGCGAGUGGUCAUCUGGGUGGAGGCUGGAGAAGGGAGACGACGAAGAUCCGCGAGCGAGUUUCAGGGAGUUUGCUGGUUUGAAGCUGGUUGCCGCCGCAGUACCUGCUGAGCGUGAGAAGCAGGGAGAUUCUAUUGAUUUGCUUGUCGAUGGAUUGCGCAUCAUGCUGAGACUCCAUUAUGUGGACGCUGAGCCGGUCAUCAGCCUCUGGAGCGGCCUCAUCUUUCAAACCGAGACUCUUAGAAAGAGGUCGUAUCUGUAG